AUGGCCGUCGUCGAGAUCAUUUUCGGAUGCUUCGAGUGGAUCCACGCUAUCACAGUACUCGAGGAUCGCUGGUUGCGCGCAGUAGACGAAGAACAUGUCAAUACAAAAUUCUUUAGCAAGGCCGCCAAACCGGACGACCGACGUGGACGGCUGAGGAAGAUCGCUGAGGAGACCUUAGAUGCCAUCGAGGAAGGGUCUUAUACCCUCAAAAGGACGAAGCACGACUUGCGUACAUCCGUAGCCCUCGCCAAGAAGAAGACUCAAUACUAUGCUCCUGAUUCACUGCUCUCCGGCUGGUCUGCCACGCCAUCUCCCAGACCAGGGUGGUCUGCUGAUACAGGAAUCUCGGUCCUCGAGGUCUCCACGUUGGAGGGAGCCCGCCUGUUGUCUGCUGUCCAACAAGCAGGCCAAGUGGGUGCUCCACCAUCCAGGGUUGGCAUCCUCAACUUUGCAUCAGCGACGAAACCAGGAGGCGGCUUCAGGAACGGCGCGCAGGCGCAAGAAGAGUCCAUCGCGCGCUCGUCCACGCUCUAUCCCACACUCACCACCAGUCUAUCGCAGACAUUCUACUCCGUCCACGAGAGGGAUCGCAAGGACGGCUUCUACACGCACGCGAUGAUCUAUUCGCCCGGCGUCAUCGUCUUCCGGGACGACGACGGAGGCUGGGUCGAGCCUCUCGACGUCGACGUGCUCACGAGCGCAGCCGGUAAGAUCGAGACGGUCAUGCGCGAACGGAUGGCGCGGAUCUUGUAUCUGUUCGAGAAGCAGGGCGUGAAGAGCUUGGUGCUGGGCAGCUUUGGGACGGGCGUGUUCAGGAAUAACGUCGGCCUCGUGGCCAAUGUCUGGGCGGAUCUGCUGGUGGAGCCCGGGGCGAGGUUCAAGACGACGUUCGACCAUGUCGUCUUUGCUAUCCUCGGGAGGGCGACGUUCGAAGAGUUCGAACGGGUUUUCGAGCAGCGGAAGGCUACACACUCGUCUGCAUAG